UAUGACGUCAUACACAAGCCAGAACUGGCAAAAUAACUCGAAACUGGCACAGUGGUGAUAAACAGAUCGACGUAAAACAUAACAAAAUAAUGAAUAAUUUAUGUUGAAUUCCAAAACUGUGGGAGGCACUACAUACGUUUGAUGUGACUGUAACUGUUCAUCAAGUACUUUGUUGAAUGAACUGGAAUUGGAAAAAGAAGGAACAAAACAGUGGCGAGUUGUUGCGGCCGAAGAAGAGCUCACUGCUCAGCACAGAGAGUCGGAACGGUACGGCGUGUGGCGGUGCGGUGUCUGUCGCGUCGACUGGCUUGGUGGCCUGCAAAAAUGGCUCAGCAGUGAGGGAUAGAAUUACAAAUUAUGACAACCAGAGACCUCAGAAAAUCUCUGAAAGAGGAGAGUGGAGGUGAUGCUCUCCCUCUGCUUGCUCCAUCGUCCGUUGCUGAGGAACGUGCAUUUCAAGAGCUGAGGCGGAAACAGGAGGCUCGCCGCAUCGAGGCAACCCGGACUGAGGGCGAUGUUAUUCUGGCAGAACGAGGCUAUGGGGAUGACGAGGAUGUAGAGAAUCUACUGAGGUUGUCGGCAAAAGAGAAGCGCAAGACAGCGUUGGUGUUCCAUGAUGCGCUCUUCUUGGUUCUGGACUACCUUCAGUUCUAUGCCGUGGUCUUGGCUAUUGCUUUAAGAUGGCCAUGGCCAUAUGCUUGGAUGCAGUACACCAGGUUCAUCCUCUUUGCAAACCUGGACAUCUGGGAAUUCAUAAAGCUGAAUACACCCACCAUCUAUGAAUCCACAGUUAAUCGGUUCAUACCCAGCUCCCUGCUCCCAUUUGACUAUCGCUUCUUGCUACUGGCAUGGGGUGUUUUCAUCUUCCUUUUCAUCUCCAUCUUUAUUGCUAUCUACCUGAGCAUGUACUACCAGAGGAAGUUCAAUCUACUGCUGCAGGUAGCCAGGUUCAAGCGCACCGUCCUCUUCUUAGCUCAAGUUCUCGUGAUGCCAGUUGGAGUUGCCUUGGGAAAGGUGUUCCAUUGCAACGCAGAGAACAAUAUGGAUGUCCACAAUGAAACACCAUGCGGGAGUGGAGAGCACAUUGCAUACAUGGCAGUGUCGUUGGCCAUCUUCUUUGGGCUGUUCAUUUUGCUGCCUGCUUGGAUGAUCGUGAAGGUCAAGUCUCAGAUCUUCAACCUCAAGAAGGAUAGCCACGAGUCCCAUCUGCAGCUCAAGGAAGCAGAGUAUGCACACUCCCUGGACCUCAUCUGGGCUCUGAAACACUACCAUAUGUUUUCAUCCUUCAAACUCUUCUGGACAUACUACUACCCUAUCAUACAUUUUCUCAAGUUCAUCUUCAUCAUCGCAUAUUCUGCUAUGUUGUGGUUACCCAACUGGCAGAUGUUAGUCUUCGUUAUUCCUGUCCUCCUGUUAUUUGCUAUCAUCAUCUUCAAGUGGCCUUUCCGGGUGACCAGCUUCAACUUUCAGCUGGCUAUUAACCUCCUCUGCAUGUUGGUCAUGUCCUUCAUGGGCCUCAUGCAGAAUAUGGACGGAGUCGACUCCGUGUUCUUCACCGUAUCCUAUCUCUAUCUUGAACUCCUCGUCAUCAACGUCUGUUGGCUCGGCAUGACUAUCCUUUGGCUCAUCUACAUCGUUCUCCGCUACUACGGCUGCCUCUGCAGAUCGAAACCCUUCUGGCCGCAGCUCACCAGCAACAGCCUGGACAGCCUGGAGGAGAACACCCAGAAGUACAUGCGAGCCAUCCUGUGUGGACGCAUCGUCCUGGAGCAGGCACUCGCCUGUCCUCCACUCUUCAGUCCCGCCCAUGAGGUAGCCAGACAGAUCCAGAUAAUCAAUGCUUACUGCAGGGAAGCAGAGCUCCUGCAGGAUCCCAUCCAUGACACCCUCUGGGAUCUCCUGGAUGAACUCAUCGAGGCUCACAGUCGCAUCUCCCAGACGUCGCUCUUUGCAGCGUCAGUCAAGGCAUCCAUCAAGGAAACUGCACAGGAGUUCAUGAAGAUCCUACCAGAGUUCAAGAGGAGACUGGCGCAAAGGGAGUACGACUUCUCCCUCAUGACAUCCAAGAAGCGACGCAUGCUGCUCAAAAUGUAUACCAUAGGAGUGUUUGUGAAUGGAAGAGGGUCAAAAUCGAAACCAACUGCUACUAUAGAGGCCAUGGAGAAGCUCUAUAACCCCCAGGUAUCCGUUGUUCUCAAGCACAGAGGGGUGGAAGGUGAUGAUGGGCAUUACACGAACGAGUACGAUGACCACCACUUAUCCUCUGGCCCAGCAGCCUACAGGUUCAAGCAACGGCAGGCUCCGGCCAUCAUUAUGGAGGAGAAGGAGGAUGAUGAGGAAGAAGAUGAAGGAUUGCUACCAAUCUGGCUGAGACCACAAUCCUCUGCAUCGGUUAUAUCUGGUAUAUCAUCAAUGAAUGACCAUGACGAUGAUGACCUGGCAGCAUUAAUGUACGGCAUUCCCAGUCGUAUAGGUACCGCUGCAUCAAUGGCGGCCUACAGAUCACAGAGUUCCGGCUCUGUGCAGGGCAAGCCCUCGAGGGAUGGUUCCUCGGCAUCUCUUUCCCGGCCACGCUCGUCAUCCUCAACCUCUCCUCACUCUUCCCGAGACUCCCUGCUCCCGACCCGCCUUGACACCAACUUCCAAGACAUCCCUGAAGAGCUCUAAAGCAGAGAUGUGUUGAUUGGCAGCAUUGGUGAUAGAGAAUGGAAAGAUGGGGAUAGUUUGAGUAUAUUUACGAGUUCAGGCCUGGGCCCUAUUUCACAAAACUUGUCAUCAGUGACAAUUAAAUGACAGGUUUUGUUAUAAGCUAGUGAAAUCAUUGCUUCUGAUUGGUUAUCAGCAGAGUUGUCACUGAUUUUUGUCAUUUGUCAUUGAAGAAAGGCUUUGUGAAAAGGGUCCCUGUUGUGAUCAGGGUUUUCGCUAGCAUGGGGAAUAUCUUCAGAAUUCAAAUUUCAGAUUUAUUUAAAAAUUCCAUAAAAAAGAUUCAUACAUAGAUGAACUUGUAAAACGUAUAAACACAAGUAGAAAUUUCCAAUAUAUAUGUAAGGUUAACUCUGCAUAAUUUGAAAUCUGUGGAGACUCAAUAAAAUAGUCUGACUCAUUCAGAAUUCAACUUACAAAGUUUAAAUAACACAUGUUUUGCAUAGUUUGGUUAAAAAAAAUUGAUUCAACCAAGGGAUAAUUUGACUUGUGCGACCUCAAGUGAUGCAGAGUUAACUGUAUAUACAAAGGAAUAGGCAUAGAAAUGGAAUUGAGAGCCCUGGUUGAUUGCAAGAGAACCUCUAUGGUUCUGUCAAGGCAACAACCCUUUGGAACAAAAUACCAAAGGCAAAUCCUCCCUGAGAAGGCUACCGACUUCAAAAUUUUUAAUGUAAAUAUCUUGUUCUACUUUCAGCCCAUGUGGCAGAAAGACUGAUUUGCAUGUUUUGAGAAAAACACACCCCCAGAAAUUCAAGUAGAAAAACAUCGGAGAUGAUUUUGAUUCUGUUGUGCUAUUUUCUGAUUUAUUUUGUUGAUCACAAAACAAAAAUGCAUUUGGUUGCACCAUGUGAGAAGUGCAACCGUAAGCCUACUGUAAAUCUACAUCUCCAUGCAAGCCGAUACUUAUAAGCAGCAUCUAAAAAUGCAUUUGAUUUAAAUUAAUUAAUGCCCUUCAUAGUCCUGGCUAAAAACUUAUUACUAGUUUAAAUGUCAAGGUGGCAAUACCAUCACACUUCACGGACAACUCAAUCUCUUUACAUUGGUGUCAGUAUGGUUAAAGACAGAAUUUAACUUUGAUAGAAAUAUGUAGUAUACAUGUAUAAAGCAUAAUUUUUUUUUCUCUAAAUGUAUUAUAUUUAUAAAUGUGUGCUGUGUCUAGUGGCAGAAUUUUUGUUUUUGUUUUUACCAGUAGUUGUGUAUCACUCCAAUCAAACUUAAUAUUUGUACACGUUUGUAAAUCAAUGAAAGAUGUCAUUCUAUUAAUCAAUCUUUCAAAAUUUGAACGAUUUAUAUAUCUGAAAUUUUGCUUUCACAUUUUUUGUUUGCGUAUCAUUUGAACACGUUUGUAAAUUGAAUUUCUUCAACAUUCUAUUCAUCAGUCUUUCAAAAUUUUCAUAAUUUAAUGUAUAUAUCUCAAAUUUUAUUAUCACAUUUUAUAAUGUAGAAUUAUUGAGCUUACAUGUAUAUUUUGAUAUCAGAAUCCGUUGCUUGUCCUUUAUUCUGAAAAAUGAUUGUUUACAAAUUCAUGUCAUUGAGAAUUACGCAUUUUAUAUUUUCACAUUUGUAUCUGUAUCAGGAAACUCAGUAUCCACCUUGAUUGAAAAUGUAAUAUUUCACAUACAUGUACAUAGCGUCUCGUGUGAAGCUGUUCUACAAAAGAAAACUUAAAACCAUUCUUAAAUAUGUAGCAUAAAUCUUGAUUUAGAUCUCCAAAAGGACCUGUUCAUUUAGUCUAGGAAUCAUGGGAUAGUAUUCUGACAAACUUAUUGCUAAUGCACAGAGUUUGGAGGAUGCUCUUUUAGGGCUUGUUGAACUUGGAUUACAAUCAGUGCAAAAUUCAGGUCUUAAUUGCUCUAUUUUUGUUAACGAUCUUGGCACUCCGGCACGAAGGUUGUAAGGUCUGGGCACUGUUUCAUGAAAACUUGUUCUCAAUAUCAAGUGUCAUAACAAAUGUGCUUUCAGACAAUCAAAUGCAAUGAUAUCAGCUAUUGCAACUUGUUACUGAUAACAGUUUGAUAAAACGGGGCCCAGGACUGUCGGGAUGACCUCACUGCCUUUGAAUUACCCCGUUAGCAAAAUACUAUUUUAAAGAUUUACAUGUACCACAAUACAUGAAAUGGUUCUGUGAUCAUACUCCUAAUUGUUAAUGGUACUGCAUACAUCAGAGUCUGAUGCCGUAUGAGAAUACUUACAUAGCAUUUUAUGUAGAUAUGUUUUAUAUAUGUUGGUUGUAACAGAAUGUUUGUGAACUUCUUGUGUGUAUUCAAAUACUAGUAUUCCGUCCUUCUCAUUUGUAAACAAAUCAUGAUCAAUGAUAAUAAACACUAAUUUUUCUAUUUUUCAUCACAAAAAA